AUAUUCGAACUGAUUCACGUGAGGAAUUAUGUAAUUUGUAUUUAAUAUAAUCGCGAACCGAUUACAUUGUAGUCUAUUUGAUUCAGAGUUUGCGGAGUGGAAAGAUUGGAUCAUUGGAAGGUGAAAGAACAGAAUCAUCAUGAAGGCGAUGACUAUUGUUGUUGCUCUUAUUUGCUUGGAGCACUCGUUAGUUGAAGGGAGAGGGCUAAUAAAUAGAAUAGUUAGAAGGAGACAAAAGCCACGUCUGAUGAAAUGGGUUGAGAGGUAUGAGCCCUUGCCUGAAAUUGCUGCUCAUGAGACUCCGCCUGACGAAUAUUUCGACCAGAUUUUGGACCACACUGAUGAGUCUGAUGGAACAACUUGGAAACAAAGAUUCUUCAGAAGAGAGACAUAUUACCAGGAAGCAAUGAGUCGGAAUGAGACGAACAUGCCGGUUUUUGUGAUGAUUGGUGGAGAGAGUGCGUCAAGUGGCACAGGAAUGCUGCACGGCUAUUGGCUAGGACCGGCCAAGAAAUAUGGCGCCCUCCUGUUCAAAUUGGAGCACCGGUUCUAUGGAGAGAGUCAUCCCACCAAAGAUCUAUCGGUGGAAAAUCUGAAAUACCUGACCAGCGAGCAAGCAUUGGGCGACGUGGCCAAUUUCAUCCGCAGCAUGAAGAAGGAGUACAAACUGACAGACGCCAAUAAAGUGAUCUGCUUCGGAGGCUCCUAUUCGGGCAGUUUGUCGGCUUGGAUGCGACUCAAAUAUGCUGACAUGGUCCAUGGUUCGAUUGCUUCCAGCGCGCCUGUUCAGGCUAAAGUCGACUAUUUUGAGUACUUAGAUGUUACGAUGGAAUCUAUGAGGACAGUUGGUGGAGAAGAAUGUAUAAAUACUGUCAGUUUAGCUAUUGCCAACUUGACAGAAACUGUGAAAACAGAAGAAGGAUGUGACAAACUAUUUGAUCUACUCCAUUUGUGCGUAGAGAUUUUCCCAGACGAAAAACUGAACAUCCAGACAAUGUUCAGCAGCCUUGGUCAGAAUAUGGCGGGAAUCGUGCAAUACAACCCGACCACCCCUCACAAGGGUCAGACCACUAUUGCUGACAUGUGCAAAAUCCUCACCGAUCCAAACGAGAGCGAUCCUCUCCAGAGAUUUGUCAACUGCAACACCAAACUGCUGGGCACCGAAUUCUGUACAGGAAGCAGCUAUAAAGACUCUGUCAAAGAUUUAAAGACCACGUCCUAUGAAGAAGCUGAUAAUCACAAACAAUGGAGAUGGCAGACAUGCAAUGAGUUCGGAUACUUUCAGUCAAGUGAAAAGGAUGACUCAUUAGUCGGAGCCAAUGUUCCCUACACGCUCUUCUCCCAAACUUGCAGAGAUGGAUUUUCCAAAGGGUUAACAGAUAAGGUAAUCAACAAUAAUAUUGACGAGACAAAUUCCAUGUACAAAGGAAAGACGAAGAUAUCAAAGGUAUGCUACGUGCAAGGAUCGUAUGACCCUUGGAAAGCAUUGGGUCUUGAUGCCAGUCAAGGAGCUAUAGUGAUAGAAGGAUCUUCACAUUGUGGAGAUAUGCACAGUCCUCACGAAGACGAUCCUCAGUCCCUGGUUGAUGGCAGAAAGGAAAUUGACAAAUGUCUCGAUGAUCUCCUCACACAGAACUAAUAACUUAUAUGGAUUACCAAACAAACAAGGAAUAUUAUUCAAGCAAUAAUUGAAGGAUCAAAUUUCAUGCCAUGACAUGAGACAUCAUUAUCUUUAUUAUUGAAAUAAAUGUACUCUAGUUGACCUGUAUGAAGUGAACAAUAAAAAAUGUAUACUUUGAA